CAAAAUCUCCAUUUUAUUAAAAAAAAAAUUUACUUAUGGAUAAGAAGACAUCUGAAAGGAGAUCCAUUUAUAUUUGAAAGACAGCUCAAAAAAUAAUGCGAAAAUUUACAUUUAGAUUUCAAAUUAUUGUUAUUAAUGAGAAAUGAGAAAAUAAAUAGUAAACUACAUAUUGAGAUUAGCUAUGUGUUAAAUUUAAGCAAUAAUAAUUUUGAUGGAAAAUUAGCUCCAAAACUAGUCAAUAUUCUAGCUACCAAAUGAAAUUAUCCUAGCUUAUGGAAGUAUUCAAAAAUAAGAAUUUGAUUUCAACUCUCAGAUAGAAUUGAUAAAGAUCAGAACAUUUACUUAUUCAAUUUAUACAUAAAAUGGAUGGUAAAAUAGGAGACUUAAUAUAUUAAUUAGUGUUUAGAAUUAAUCGAAAUAGAGAACGUUAUUGACUACUCUUAUAUACUAAGAAUAAGAAGCUAAUAAAUUUACAGUUUUUACAUGUUGGUUGAUUUACUUAAGAAUCAAAUCUGAGAAUAAAGAAAGUAAUGUUAAAGCAACAGACGAGUUUAUCAAAUAUAAAAGUGUUAGUGAAAAUCUUGAGCAAAAUCUAGAAAAAUAGCUGAUAUUAGACAUAAAUAAGAAUAUAGCCUAUAUGUCAAUUAAAUCAAAUUGA